AUGGUUGAGGGGGUAUGUGAAGAGGAAGGUGAGGUUGCUGGUAAUGAAGGUGAUAAAAUAACUGAAAAUGUUGUUGAUGGAGAAGAAAGAGUUCAGGCUGAUGAUGUUGUUGAAGGUCACAUUGAAACAGAGGUUGUUGUGGGUGAGGUUGAAGAGGAUGCUGUUGAUGUUCGUAGCUGGACUUCUAGUGGAGAAGAUGAUGCUGGGAAUGACGAGGUUAAUUAUGAGUGUAUGGAUGGUCUGGUUGAUGUUAAUGUUCAGUGUGAUUUAGAAGAGGAUGUAGGAGAUGGAGUUGCAGAUUGGUUUGGUAAUGUCCAAGUUGAAGUGCAAUAUGAUGAUAGUGAUCUUGAUGAUGGAAUAAGUAGUGAUCUUGAUAGAGGGUUGUCUGAUGAGGAAUGGAAAUCUGAUGAAUUAGACAGUGGAGCAAAAAGUGAUGGGCAAGAUGAUGAAGAGGAAGCUUAUGGGAAGUUUGAAACAUUUUCCAUGCCUAAGACAAUGUUAGAUUAUAAAUGGGAUAGAAAAUCCAAGGCCAUUGCUUCAGACCAUGUUGAUGGGUCUUUCAAAGACCAAUAUAGAAGGAUUUAUGACUAUGCGAAUGAGCUCGUAGCUCGUAAUCCAGGAUCAACGGUGAAGGUCAAAGUUGAAGAGAUUGUGGAUGGACACAUUUUUAAGAGGUUUUAUACAUGUCUGAAGGCUGGCAAGGAUAGUUUUGUGUCCUACAGGCCAAUUAUUGGGUUGGAUGGUGCUUUUCUAAAAGGGAAAUAUGGUGGAGAAAUGUUAACUGCUGUUGGUAGAGAUGCCAAUGACCAAAUGCUACCUCUAGCUUAUGCUGUGGUGGAAGUUGAGAACAAGGAAAGUUGGAGAUGGUUCCUUGAACUUCUUGUUGAAGAUCUUGGUGGGAUAAAAUUUGCUUCAUCAUUUACAAUCAUGUCGGACCAGCAAAAGGGACUGCUGCAAGCUAUUCAAGAAGUGAUCCCUAGAGUUGAUCAACGUUUCUGUGUUAGGCACCUUUACGCGAAUUUCAGAAAGCAAUUCCCUGGAAAACAACUAAAGCGAUUGAUGUGGAAGGCAGCUACAACAACUCUUCCACAAACAUUGGAAGCAGAAAUGAGAAAUAUAAAACAGCUUAAUGAUGAUGCUUUCAAAUACUUGUUUAAAAUCCCUCCCAGGCAUUGGUCAAGAUCAAGAUUUAUCAGCAAACCUCAGUGUGAUACUUUGGUAAACAACAUGUCAGAGGCUUUCAACAGUGUAAUGCUGCAUACAAGGUCUAAGCCAAUUGUAUGCAUGUUGGAGGACAUCCGCCUUUAUUUGAUGAAGAGAUGGGCAACUAACCGGACAAAAAGCCAAUCAUUGUCUGGGGAGAUUUGUCCAAAAAUCAAGACUAGACUCAAUAAGGAGUCUCAAUUAACUAAAUAUUGGAUUCCAUGCUGGAAGUGGGAAAUCACUGCCAUACCAUGUUGUCACUCCUUGGUUGCCAUGAAAUUCGUAAAUCUAGAUGCAGAGGACUUCAUCCCAUGUUGCUUCAGGAAGUCAACAUAUGAAGAAAUAUAUUCUUCAAUUAUCUACCCCAUAAAUGGAAACAAUAUGUGGGACAUUACCACAUAUGUUGAUGUCCUCCCUCCACCGAAAAGGGUAUUGCCUGGGAGGCCAAAGAAGAAGAGAAGACUGCAGCAAUGGGAGUUGGUCAAGGACGACAAAAGAAUGAGGAAGGGUGGUUUAAAGAAAAGAUGUGGCAUUUGCAAGGACCUCGGCCACAACAGGAAGUCUUGCACCAAAGGAAAACAGGCUCCUGAUUUGAACUGUCAACAACCUAUUCAAACUAACUCAUCAAAUCUGGAUGAAGCAGUAGCCCAAGGGAAUGAAUGA